AUGUCUCUCAGCUCAUAUAUCAAUAAAAAAAUCCUCGUCAUCACCGUCGACGGUCGCACCCUCCUCGGCACUCUCCUCUCAACCGACCAACUGACAAACCUCGUACUCACCCAAACCGUCGAGCGCAUAAUCCGAACACCAGAGGACCCCGAGCCCAGCUCCGAGAUUGAGCAUGGCCUUUAUCUGAUUCGAGGCGAUAAUGUGGUUGUUUGCGGCGAAGUGGACGAGGGCAUUGAUAAUGAUAUUGAUUGGAGUAAAGUUAAGGGAGAGGUUAUUCGGGGGACGAAGAAUGUAUGA